CGUCUAUUUAUAUUGUGCUCUCUAACGCUCCUCUACAAAUUGCUCUUUUAAGGCUGUGCCAAUUACAAGCCCGUGUCCAGGUCCUGAUAACCUUUGAAGUUUGACAGCAGAGAGAAACACGUGGAGAUGGUGUUGCUUUUGGUCACGCAUGUGGUGGAAGUCCCUUCCUCACGAGUUCCACUGUCCGUCAUUAUCCUAAACGACGCAAUUAAACGGAAAUCACUUCCUCCUAACCUGAAAUGCCGCUUCGUAAUUCCUUCUGCCGGGAACUAUUCAGCGUCCAUCUGGGACGCCAGCAGCAUCGAGGACCUGCAGCAGUGGAUUGACACAAACCUGAUGGACGGCGUGGCUCAUAUAGCUGAGGUCCCGGAGGAGUUCACCUACGGAUUGGCGCUCGAGCUGACAACCUCUCGGGCGGCAGAUAAGAUACAGGUCGCCACAAGCAGCAAAAACACGAUCGAGCGGCUUAACAGCACCGGAGUCAAGGUGAUGGAGAGCGUGGCGGAGAAAGUGUCCACCGGGCUCGACCGGCUAGACGCCCGCACGAACCUCAUCAGCGCCACCCGUGAAGCCACCUCGGCGGCCGUGGUCAAGGUCAAGCAGGCGACUGAUCGAGCGCUGGAGAGUGAGGGCGUGCAGAAGUCGCUGGCAUCCCUCAGCACCUCGUUGCAAAACGCAAGCAACCGCAUGAACAAGGCGUUCUCCUGGGUCGGCUCCAAGGUGAAGGAGAACUUCCCAGCUGCUGCUGCUGCUGCUGGCGGCCCCGGUCAGCCCUACAACGCUUUCGCUUCGGAGGAUGCCGCCGCUCCACCUCCUGCCUACGACGCAGCCGUGUACUCCUCGCCCGCCUACAUGCCCGUUAGUACCAACCCGUUGGGGCGGGCGUCGCAGGACGAGGCGGAGGCUGGUAACAGCGGGGCGCCGGCGGUGUGGGGCUCGGUUGCUGGGGCGCCGACGGAGAACGCUGCACCCGUGCCGCACUUCACGUUGCAUGACGAGGGGUUCGGAAGCCCCCAACUGACGCCCAGCACGCUACCAGAGCUCGGCGGCAACGCAGCGGAGUCAGAGCGCGAGGGCCUGCCGCUGAUCCAGGCACCGCUGGAGGGCCAUCGGGCCGGCGGUGUUGGGGAGGCCAACCCUUGAUCCUUGGGCUCGCCGGCGACGGCGACGGCGGCUGACCCCGUGCGCUGAGCGCUUGAAGGUGUUGGGUGUUCGUAGUCCGUAGUCCGUAGAUGACGGUCGGCUCGUACAGUAUAGCUUUCGGCGUGGUUUGUUGCGGCUUGCAGGAGAGGGGCGGAUUGAGCAGGGGGUGGUAACGGAUCCUGCGUGUGUGACGGGUUUAGGCGACUUCUUCGGAGUUUGCAGGUGACACCGUAGGUCUGCAACAUGCUGCAGGUGUGCCCGGCGGGGGAUUCGUCUGGUGCGAUGAUGCCAGACGCAUCCCCCAUCCCAUCUUUCAUAGCAGGUAGUGUGAUUCAUAGCAGGCAGUGUGAACAAGGUGUGCAUAGGGGUAGUCAGGGUUCGGCCGUACAGCUUUGGCGAAUGGGAGGAUUUAGGUUUGGUAGCACUUGGUGAAAUGACAGCAGCGCACGAGAUGAAAGCCCCUUGAGGCUUAAGCAGGCUGUGAUGCAGAGACUUCAACGAAAAUAAUCGG